CUCAAACACACAGUUCAUGUUGUGCUCAAGUGAAUAACAUCGAAACGAUUUUUAACCAUCAAUUUAGUGGUGUGAAAGUGCAAUUUUUCGCUGUUGUCGAUUUUAACGGAUAACAGAUCUUGCAAAUUACCUACCGAUUUUCGCGAUUCCAUUCAGUCAACGCUAUUCAGUCGUUCCGGACACAGCGCCCCAGCAACAAAUAUAACAAACAUGAAUUGGACUAACGCUAUUCUUUCUAUCGCUCUUCUCAUCGUUGGAUUGACGAUCGCAACUGCGAGACCGCAGCAAUCGAACACACCCAGUGAAAGAUUAUUUGAUUUGAGCAGUUUAUUCAACCGUUACCCGACUUAUCAGCAGCGGCCAUACUUCGGCGGCAAUGGAAUUUACCAAGGUGGCAUAGGUGGCGGGUACCCAGGUGCUGGCUAUCCACAAGGUGGCCUCGGUGGUGGAUAUCCUGGCAGUGGAUUGGGUACAAACAUUCUAGGUGGUGGCUACGGUGGUGGCUAUGGUAGUAGCGGCAUUGGAGGAGGUUAUGGUGGCUACGGAGGCUAUGGAG